CAUCAAUACGCAUGCGUCGGUCUCUCCGGCUCCGGUCUCAAAACACGCAUUCAAGGUUAGAAGUGUUUGCUGCCGGCUAGUCAGUGUUAGCUAGCUCACUACUAGCGGACUGAACUCACUCAUGGUGAAGGAAGUUCCCGAUGACUCCAACGGAGUGGCGCAGAGACCAGGCUGCAGCAGGCUUUGUGGAAUGUUCUGACUACAUGAUUCGCCCAAGAUGCUGAUGCCCAAGAAGAAUCGUAUAGCCAUCUACGAGCUCCUCUUCAAGGAGGGAGUGAUGGUGGCAAAAAAGGAUGUGUAUCUGGCUAAGCACCCGGAGCUGGCCGAUAAGAAUGUGCCCAACCUUCACGUUAUGAAGCCCAUGCAGUCUUUGAAGUCAACUGGGUAUGUGAAGGAGCAGUUUGCCUGGCGCCACUUCUACUGGUACCUGACCAAUGAGGGCAUCCAGUACCUGAGGGACUUCCUGCAUCUGCCCCCAGAGAUUGUUCCUGCCACUCUGCGUCGCCAGAUGCGCCCUGAGACCGCUCGGCCCAGGCCUAAAGGUAGGCUGCAUAUCAUGACUGGAUGGAGGGUGAGAGCUGAGCGGCCAGCCAGGUUUAACCGUGAAGGAGGAGACCGAGACAACUACAGACGUUCUGUUGCACCACCUGGUGCAGACAAGAAGGCUGAAGCAGGUGCUGGUGCAGCUACUGGGUUCCAAUUCAGAGGCGGUUUUGGACGUGGCAGAGGACAGCAACCACCACAGGAGUAAAGCAGACUGUUCUUGUACAGUAUAAUAAAAGGUGAUUGAGAUUA